AGGCCGCGGUACCGGAACAGGCCCGGCGGUACCGGAACAGGCCGCGGUACCGGAGCGGGGCCGGCAGUACCGGAGCAGGCCCGGCGGUACCGGAGCGGGGCCGGCAGGGGGAGCGGCGGCAGCGGCGGUAGCGGCGCGGGGCCCGCAGGGGGAGCCCGCGGGCGGGCGGAGGCGGCGCGGCCCGGCCCGCUCAAGAUGGCGGUGCGGAAGAAGGACGGCGGCCCCAACGUCAAGUACUACGAGGCCUCGGACACCGUCAGCCAGUUCGACAACGUGCGGCUCUGGCUCGGCAAGAACUACAAGAAGUACAUCCAGGCCGAGCCCCCCACCAACAAGUCGCUGUCGAGCCUGGUGGUGCAGCUGCUGCAGUUCCAGGAGGAGGUGUUCGGGAAGCACGUCAGUAACGCGCCCCUCACCAAGCUGCCGAUCAAAUGCUUCCUGGAUUUCAAGGCGGGGGGAGCCCUGUGCCACAUCCUGGCAGCGGCCUAUAAAUUCAAGAGCGACCAAGGAUGGCGGCGUUUCGAUUUCCAGAAUCCCUCGCGGAUGGAUCGCAACGUGGAGAUGUUCAUGACCAUCGAGAAAUCCCUGGUGCAGAACAACUGCCUGGCCCGGCCCAACAUCUUCCUGCACCAGGAGAUUGAGCCCAAACUACUGGGCAAGCUGAAGGACAUCGUCAAGAGGCACCAGGGCACCGUGACCGAGGACAAGAGCAACGCGUCCCACAUCGUCUGCCCCGUCCCCGGGAACCUGGAGGAAGAGGAGUGGGUCCGGCCGGUCAUGAAGCGCGACAAGCAGGUGCUGCUGCACUGGGGCUACUACCCGGACAGCUACGACACCUGGAUCCCCGCCAGCGAGAUCGAGGCGUCCGUGGAGGACCCCCCGACCCCGGAGAAGCCUCGGAAGGUCCACGCCAAGUGGAUCCUGGACACGGACACCUUCAACGAGUGGAUGAACGAGGAGGAUUACGAGGUGACGGACGAGAAGAGCCCCGUCACCCGCAGGAAGAAGAUCUCGGCCAAGACGCUGACGGACGAGGUGAACAGCCCCGACUCGGACCGGCGGGACAAGAAGGGGGGGAACUACAAGAAGCGGAAGCGUUCGCCCUCCCCGUCACCCACCCCCGAGGCCAAGAAGAAGAACACCAAGAAGGGACCUUCCACCCCCUACAACAAAUCCAAGCGCGGGCACCGCGAGGAGGAGCAGGAGGACCUGACCAAGGACAUGGACGAGCCCUCGCCCGUCCCCAACGUGGAGGAGGUCACCCUGCCCAAAACAGUCAACACCAAGAAGGACUCGGAGUCGGCGCCCGUGAAGGGGGGCACCAUGACAGACCUGGAUGAGCAGGAAGAUGAGAGCAUGGAGACGGCCGGCAAGGACGAGGAGGAGAACGGCACCGGGAGCAAGGGGGAGCAGGCCAAGAACCCCGACCUGCACGAGGACAACGUGACGGAGCAGACCCACCACAUCAUCAUCCCCAGCUACGCCGCCUGGUUCGACUACAACAGCGUCCACGCCAUCGAGCGCCGCGCCCUGCCCGAGUUCUUCAACGGCAAGAACAAAUCCAAGACCCCCGAAAUAUACCUGGCCUACCGCAACUUCAUGAUCGACACGUACCGGCUGAACCCGCAGGAGUACCUCACCUCCACCGCCUGCCGCCGCAACCUGGCCGGCGACGUCUGUGCCAUCAUGCGGGUCCACGCCUUCCUGGAGCAGUGGGGCCUCAUCAACUACCAGGUGGACGCCGAGAGCCGUCCCACCCCCAUGGGCCCCCCGCCCACCUCCCACUUCCACGUGCUGGCCGACACCCCCUCGGGGCUGGUGCCGCUGCAGCCCAAGACGCCCCAGGGCCGGCAGAGCGACGGCGACGCCAAGACCGCCCGCAAGAGCAAAGAGAUCGAAGAGCUGGUCAGCGAGACGGUGAAGGGGAAGCCGGAGCUGCAGCCGACCUCGGCCUCGCAGCAGAUGCUGAACUUCCCGGACAAGGGCAAGGAGAAGCCGGCCGACAUGCAGAACUUCGGCCUCCGCACCGACAUGUACACCAAGAAGAACGUCCCCUCCAAGAGCAAAGCCGCCGCCAGCGCCACGCGGGAGUGGACGGAGCAGGAGACGCUGCUGCUGCUGGAGGCCCUGGAGAUGUACAAGGACGACUGGAACAAGGUGUCGGAGCACGUGGGCAGCCGGACACAGGACGAGUGCAUCCUGCACUUCCUGCGGCUGCCCAUCGAGGAUCCCUACCUGGAGGACUCGGAGGCGUCGCUGGGACCGCUGGCCUACCAGCCCAUCCCCUUCAGCCAGUCGGGCAACCCUGUCAUGAGCACCGUGGCCUUCCUGGCCUCCGUCGUCGACCCCCGCGUGGCCUCCGCCGCCGCCAAGUCGGCUCUGGAGGAAUUCUCCAAGAUGAAGGAGGAGGUGCCCACGGCGCUGGUGGAGGCCCACGUGCGCAAGGUGGAGGAGGCGGCCAAGGUGACGGGCAAGGCCGACCCCGCGUUCGGGCUGGAGAGCAGCGGCAUCGCCGGCACCACCUCGGACGAGCCGGAGCGGAUCGAGGAGAGCGGGGCGGAGGAGGCGCGGGCCGACGCGCAGCCGGCCGAGGAGAAGAAGGAGGCGAAGGAGCCCAGGGACAACACCACCGAGGAGGAGGCAAAGGAGAAGCCUGGGGAAACACCCAAGAAGGAGGAAGAGAAGGGGAAGGAGGUGGAGGGCGAGAAGGAGCCCGACAAGGGUGACAGCGAUGGGGCAGGAGAGCCGGAGAAGGAGAAGGAGGUGAAGGAGGGGCCGGAUGAGGCACCCAAGGAGCCUCCAGAGCCCGAGGCCGAGCGCAAGGCCAAGGUGGAGCGGGACAUCGGCGAGGGGAACCUCUCCACCGCCGCCGCCGCCGCGCUGGCCGCCGCCGCCGUCAAGGCCAAGGUGAGGGCUGGGG